UGGUCAACCAUUCAAAGCUCUCACUGAUGGAAGGAAGUUUUGGCUCAAAAUCUCACGAUACAUGGCCCCAUUCAUUCUUUCCUUAACACGGAUCAAUCGUCCUGUCCCCUUAGCAGAAAAACAGCCCCAAAGCAUAAUGUUUCCACCCCCAUGCUUCACAGUAGUUAUGGUGUUCUUGGGAUGCAACUCAGUAUUCUUUUUUCUCCAAACACGACGAGUUGAGUUUAUACCAAAAUGGAUACAAUUGGAUGAUACAGCAGAGGAUUGGGAGAAUGUCAUGUGGUCAGAUGAAACUAAAAUAGAACUUUUUGACUGGUUGACCAAAUACUUAUUUGCCACCAUGAAUUGAUUAACGUGGACCCCGACUUAAACAAGUUGAAAAACUUAUUCGGGUGUUACCAUUUAGUGGUCAAUUGUACGGAAUAUGUACUGUACUGUGCAAUCUACUAAUAAAAGUAUCAAUCAAUCAAUCAAACCACAAUUUACAAAUAAAUUAUUUAAAAUUCAUACAAUGUGAAUUCCUGGAUUCUUUUUUCACAUUCUGUCUCUCACAGUUGAAGUGUAUCUAUGAUGUAAAUUACAGACCUCUGUCAUCAUUCUAAGUGGGAGAACUUGCACAAUCGGUGGCUGAAUAAAUACUUUUUUUCCCCACUGUAUAGGAAUUCCAAUUGGAAUGUUGGCAACAUACUGUCUAUGGUUAUCACAGAGCAUGUCUUCGCCACAAAAUAAGUUAUUAUAAAAAGAUGGAAAUAGCAUAAACAAAAAGUCAUUUGCGUCGAAUAACACUUGCUAUAGUGACGAUUUCUGACGCUUGAUAUUUGAACAUUCAUUCAGUCCUACUCACGUUGCCUAGGGGACGUCAACAACAUUUUGAGCAUUUCCGGUCUCGUAGUCGGGUCCUACAGGCACACUCUUGUCGUCAAAUUCGACAUUUUCGGUGUUUAGAAUGAUUCAAAUUUGAGAUAAGGUUACAAACGUAUCCUUUUUUAAACUACACGGAAAUGCAUUUACAAAGAAGAGCAGGUAAUUUCAAACAGGCGAUAUCUGACGGCGAGCAGCAGCAACACAAUGGUUACUUAUUUGACCUCCCUUCGUUCUUUAUCCUAACUUUCCAAAGAUAUGAAGGAGAAUCCAAAGAAGGCCGGUUUGAUGGGAAAGGUGUUGCCAAGUUUAAAGGAGGGCAUUUUUAUAAGGGAAUGUUCUCCAUGGGACUAAUGCAUGGUACUGGUGUCUUCACAUGGGCUGACAGAGUGCAAUAUGAGGGAGAGUUUGUGAACAACAUGCCCAUGGGCCAAGGCAUGUACAGCUGGCCAGACGGCAGCUCCUAUAAAGGUGACGUGUGCAACAGUGUCAGGCAUGGGGAUGGAACCCACAAAAUUGGCAAAAGCAAAGUGGCAUACCAAGGUCAAUGGAAUCACAGCAAGAGGCAUGGAAAGGGCACUGUGUAUUAUAACCAGGAGGAGACCUCUUGGUACAAAGGAGAUUGGAUUAUGAACAUAAGAGAGGGAUGGGGCAUAAGAAGCUACCCGUCUGGUAACAUUUAUUUUGGUGAGUGGAGGAAUAAUUUAAGAAAUGGAGAAGGUACCAUGAGGUGGCUGAACGUGGGACAGCUUUACAUUGGGAACUGGCGAGAUGGAGUCCAGCAUGGCCAAGGCACUCACGUGUGGCUGGUGAAGCGAACAGAUGGAUCGGAAUUUCGUCCAAGUAAUCAGUACACGGGGAACUUUUUCCUGGGUCAGAGACAUGGACAUGGAAUAUUUUAUUACUCUAGUGGUGACACCUAUGAGGGAGGAUGGAUGAGCAAUAAAAAACACGGGAAGGGAAAAGUCACCCUCAAGGAUGGCCACACCUUUGAAGUACAGUUCAUCAAUGACAAAAUGGAGACUUCCAACAUGACAGAAAACGGAACAUCCAUUCGACAUGGUGUGGGCGAGUCCACUCUCGGACCAGACAUGACUGUCAAUAUUGAUUGUAUUUUGGAGAAAUUUCCCCUGGGAAAACGAGAUACCGAGCUCAAACAGGUGAGGUACGUGCUGCUAAGGCACAAGACAGAGUUUAGGGCUGUCUACCGUUUCUACAGCCGACUGGGACAACGCCAGACCCCAGGUGCUGCCUUUCUGCUGUCCCGCAUGCAGAUGUGGCGCCUGCUCAAAGACUGUUACAUCCACCAUCGCGGCAUCACCUUGGCAGAGCUGGAUCUUUUUAUAAGAGACAACCCGGACCCAGCUGAGGUUCACUCCCCCUUUACUCCAAUCAUGCUCUGUCGCUUCCUCAGCUGCCUGGUAGUCAUUGCUUACCACAUCUACCAGAAGGACAUUGAGCCAUCGAAUUACCUUCUGGCUUCUUGCUUCUCCAAACUGCUGAUCGAUGACAUAUUUCCAAAUGCUAUGAAUGUAAAAGGCUUCCUGUUUAACCCACCCGGGCAUGCAGUUGUAGCGGUUGACUAUGUGAGGAAAAGCUUGGAGGUCUAUCAGGCUUACUGCAGGUUCAAUGCACCCCCCAGGGAUGACUGCACUAUGACAAACCGGCAAAUGCUGUGGCUGUACAAGGAUCUCAAACUUUUUGACCAUAAUUUGACCGUAAGCAACAUGAUAGAAGUAAUCUGUGAAGAAAUCUGGGACCCUGGUAACGUGCCAGCAUGCAUGGAAAUAGAGGUUGUAUUCCUAGAAUUCUUUGAGGUUCUCCUCGGCUGUGCUGAGAUUAAAUGUCAGGAGAUGUCAGAUGGUUCCUCCAAUUUAAGACCAUGUCUCUCCUCCCCAGCAAGUUCUCUUAAAUGGCAACAAUUGCUGACCAAGGGCCUCGCACUGGAAGCUUGGAGUCAGAAGAUCCAUCACUUCUUCAACCAGUUUUUCUUUCCUGCUGUUGACCUUCUCCAGUUAGCAUGAUCAGCAACAACCAGUUGAAGAAUUACACGACUGGUGAAUGAGUUACUUGUACAAGGUCUAUUUCAGCCUUCGACAGAGUCAUACAAUGGACUAUAAAAGUGGCACCCAUUACCUCAAUGCUGGCCACUCAGCAUCAAGGGUUGGAAUUGGGGUUAUAUCACAAUGAUUCCUGGGCGCGACCACCACUGCUCACUGCUCCUCACCUCCCAGGGGGUGAUCAAGGGUUGAUGGGUCAAAUGCAGAUAAUUUCGCCACAACUAGUGUGUAUGUGUGAGACAAUCAUUGGCACUUUAACUUAACUUAAUCCAUUGUCUCUAUAUAGUUAGAAAUAUUAACAAUUAACCCAUACGCUACACAGAAAGACUACAAAUCCCUGAAACAUCUCUGGCAACCCUUUUUAAAGCAGUUUGUCCAAGUAGUGUUAGUGUCACCCAUGCGCACACGGGCUAUUGAUCGGGUAGUGACACGCUGCUGAAGCAAACAAGUCAAUAUGAAAAAAACUAAAUAGCACAUUGCCCCUCUCAAUAAGAAAUAUGAGUUAAAAAAAAAUUAAUACAACAAAAAGAUUAACAGUUGGUUGGAUGUUUUUUUCUUAAAACAUGAUAAAGAUGUUUAAUAAACACAUUAAGUGCAUUUAAAUUCCCUUUUUUCUUGAAUUUAUUUGAAACAUGAAUUGACAUUUAACCAUACUUGAAGGAAAUCUAACACAAACCAGUGAAUUGUUUGUAACCUCUCUAGCUACCAGUAAAUAGAAAUGGCUGAAGUUAUAUUUUGCAUUUGAAUGGUGCAGCACUUUAUUAAUAGGUCAAGAGGUAGGUCUUUUACGACUGAUUGCAACAAAAAAUUUUAUUACACAGAAUCCUUGUUUUCUCCUUUUCUAUCAAAUUUAUCUCUAGGAUUGUAGCAAAUGUUUGGAUGUCACGCAGCCAAUACUGAGAUGUAAUCUCAUAAGUACUACUCAAAAAUGUGACAGUACGAAAAUACUACUGCACAAAAAGCAAAUAAUGACACACCUUGUACACAUGCAUGUCAUUCAGCUGGCAGAAAAAGUAGUGCUCAUGGUAACUUAUGUUGUGCCAAAAAAUGGCAGUUUUUUUAUUACUUUAAGGCAAACAUACUUUAUCUAUCUAAACAUUUCUUUGUGUUCGUCAAUUCUGGUAAGAAAUCCACAUACACUUCUAUAAAUGAAGACCCAGGUCCUUGGUCUAAACACUUCUUAAAAAUAGUUUACCAGCACUGAUUUUGCAAAAAAUAUAUGUAUUUUACAAGAUGAUGACAACUUAUAUCAAGUUUUUCCCUUAAGAAUACUAAAAAAAUAGCUGUGAUUCAAAAUUACAGAGGAGGAGUGAAGUACAUGAGGUCACUUGGGCAGACCGACGGGCGUAUCCGGUCCUUGGGAUUCGGGGUGAAGAGAAGCAAGGACGCCUGUGCUGUCCGCUCCUAAAACAAGCAACAAAAUAGAUGCAACAUGAAUAUUUGGCCGUGAUAAGUUGUCGGUAAAAAAGUUGUAGUGGGAAAAGAAAGCUUGAACCUGUGUCGUCUGAGGGGUUAAAGGUGAAAAUGGUGGCGGCAGUACUGUGGCAAGUAUCACCGUGUGGAAGGAUAGAUUUAUUAUUAACAACAGUGUCCCAAGCCCAACAUCAUGUGCAAUAUAAGCAGUUUUACUGUAAAAUGACAUUUAAAAAGUGUACAAUCACAUGGGUUGUGUGUGUCUGGCACCUAUGGCAUCAUCAUACCUUCUUGCUGAGUCAGAUGUUCAGAUUGACUUUUGGGACUCUCCAUCUCCACAUCCACUGUCAUCGACGACAGCGUCUCCAUGGUAACUGGCUCCAUUGGUGACAGGCUGCAUCGAUGUGAGGGCUGGAGGUAACGCUCAAAGUCCAACCCUGGAAUUUCCUAUUAAAUGUAAAAGACACGCAAUGACUUUUGUUUGUAUAUUAUCAGCUUGCUGGUGGCUCAUACAAGGCAUGUUGACAUUUUACCUCGACAACUGUGCUAUCGGGUGUUGUGCACAUGGACUUUGGAGUCCCCUUUGAACUUGGCACGGCAGGAGAUGUGGUCUGGGUGGAGGAACACUGGCAAGGAGUGCUGCUGGGUGACGGCAUGAAGCUCAAGGCUGUUGUGACAGAUUUGGCUGCUUCGUCGUUUUCUUGGACGACGGAAAUAUUAGGAAUCACACACAUGGUGGAUUCCUGCACUGAAACAAUUUCUGCUGGACAUGUUGAGGUUUCCUCCAGCAGGGGGCUGCACGAACGCAUUUCAGU